UCAUACCACCACUAACUAAUAUUCUCUCCUCUGACUUCAUUUUUUUUACAUAUACAUAUAUAUAUAUAUAUAUAUAUAUAUUUGCAUACGUUAUUAUUUAUAAGGGUGUGUGUUGUGAGAGUUUAGAGUGAUUUUUAGAGAGAGAAAGAGAGGAGAGAGAGAGAGAGAGGAGAGAUGGGGAGAGGGAGAGUUGAGCUGAAGAGGAUAGAGAAUAAGAUAAACAGACAAGUGACUUUUGCGAAGAGAAGGAAUGGUCUUUUGAAGAAAGCUUACGAGCUUUCUGUUCUUUGUGAUGCUGAGGUUGCCUUGAUUAUCUUCUCCAAUAGAGGAAAGCUGUACGAGUUUUGCAGUAGCUCUAGCAGCAUGCUGAAAACACUGGAAAGGUAUCAAAAGUGCAACUAUGGAGCACCAGAGACUAAUGUAUCUGCCAGAGAGGCCCUGGAACUGAGCAGCCAGCAGGAGUACUUGAAGCUUAAAGCUCGUUACGAAGCCCUACAGCAUUCUCAGAGAAACCUUCUCGGAGAGGAUCUCGGGCCAUUGAACAGCAAGGAGCUUGAAUCACUUGAGAGGCAACUUGACAUGUCACUUAAGCAGAUCAGAUCAACUAGGACCCAAGCAAUGCUGGAUACCCUCACAGAUCUUCAGAGGAAGGAGCAUGCACUGAAUGAGGCUAACAGGAGUCUGAAACACCGGUUGAUGGAAGGAAGUCAAAUAAGUCUGGAAUGGAACCAUAAUAAUAACGUUGACCAUGACAUGGGCUAUGGUAGAGAAGCGCCACCUCAGCCUCAUCAGCCCGAUGGCUUCUUUCAUCCCCUCGACUGCGGUCUGCAAAUCGGCGGGUACCAGGCAGAUCAAAUAACAGGAGCAGGGCCAAGUGUGAAUAACUACAUAACAAGCUGGCUCCAGCAAUAAUCGAGUUCCGACCGGGCCGAAAUGGAUCGGAUCUUGUUGCGCAUGCAUGCAUGCAUGCUCUAGUCGUUUAAUUUCUGUCUCUCAUAAUUAAAAAAAAGUACUCUUAUCUGAGAAAAUUUCAAUUUUUAUGUGUGUUUAAUUUCAUAAAAUUGCAUGUUUAAUAUAUCUAUUAUAUAUAUAUAUAUAUAUAUAGUAGCUCGGACUUAUUUUCAGACGACGACCGGUGGUGGUGGUUGAACAAUUCGUAUAACUUAUUUUCUCUGUCAUGAGGUUUCUUUCUUUAGUUUGUAGUUCAUAUGCAGACUAUGUAAAGAAACACUCUUGCUUCCUAUUCAAUUUUUCUACUACUACU